AGAUCUAUUGAUUUUUCUCUCCAGAUCGAUACGUUUUGUUGUGGCAGCCGCUGCUUCUGAUGUGGUUGUUGUUGCAGUAGUCUGUGUUUACCAAAGACGGCAGGAGUUCUGUGAUGUGUGCUGUUUGUGGAGGGAGAUAUCGUUCUAUGUGUGCUGUUUUCUGAUUUGCUGACAUGGACAAAGAAAACUUCCAGAGGCAGUGGGAGAGGUUCAAACCAGCAGUCAUGCGAAACAGGGCUGUACUCAUCAGCUGCCUGGUCGUGGGCCUAGGUCUGAUCGGGCUCGCUGUGACCUACUCAGGGGGCGCUACAGACCACCCGGUGACGUCACACUGCGAGACGCCACAGGGCCCGUCUCCUCGCAACACCGACUCGUGUCCAUGGCAACUGGUGCUCUCUGACCUGUCCCAUAGGCUGCGCCUGCUGGAGAUGGCCUUCAAGGAGCAGGUCAUAGCGAGAGAAGUGA